AUGCCAGGCUCCGUGGAUCCGAGUCGCGUUUCUCUUUUGAAGAAACCGCGUGUCUCAAUCUCCGUCGAGGACAUCCGCGACGUAGUCAACACUUGGCACAGCUCCGCGACUCGACCGUCUGCGUCCCCCCUGGCGGCCAAUGGCAGAAACAAGGAUCAGCGAGUGCCGUGGCCUCUUCCGCAGUUUUAUCUGCGUCCACCGACCGACGGCGGAUCUGCCGCCGGUAGUACUACUUCGCUCAGGAUUCCGACCCCUGUCUCCACACCAAAUCCUGAGCCUGAUCUCGCGUUCGUGACGUUUCUUCAUUCCGUUCGCAUUGUUUUCAUUCAAAGUUUUCUAAUCUGUUAACUUCAAGAUUUAGAAACCUCCUCCCAAACGGAAAGAGUUUUCUGGAGCGUCUUGAAAAAUUUCGGAAAAGUUGUGGAAACGUUGUGAAAGUUCUGACACGAACCACAAUUACCUCGAAUGUUAAGCCCUAUAUUGCGUUUUUCAGACACCGGGGAGAGCUGGACAUGGCCGAAAAGUACAACUACGACUUGAGCAAAGCUCAGCUCAAGGCGAGUAGCAGGACUUCGGCGCUCUUGGCCGGUUUCGCCAUGGUUUGAGCUGUCGGAGCGUUGCUGUUCAGUUCGGUUCCUUUUCAGGUUUGCCUUGUCGAACUUCAGUAUGACGAUGCGACUCCUCAUCAUUUGCUCAUUAUACUCGGCGUCGUGACUUCUUUGUUGGUUGGUAUUUUUAUCCUAUAUCCCAGUAGAAGGUGUCCACUCUGCCAAUUCAGGUGUCCGUCCAUUUGCUAGCUCUGAUGAUGUCUACUUGCAUUCUUCCGUACAUGGAAGCGACUGGCUGCACGCAAGACUCGCCUCAUCUCAAGCUGAAGUGAGAGUUUAGUGCAAGUCUCUGAUUGAAGAUUUUGGUUCGCAAUAAGAUUUUCGGGGAGAAUAUAAAAAUUGAAGGUUUUUAGGCUAAUCUUUGACUUGUUGGAAACUUACUCUUGAGGUGAGGGAGAAGAUGGCUGAUAAGAUUUCGAAAAAGAAAAAACAUUAGUUGACAUUUUAAAUUGUUUUUGACAAAAAGGUUGCUCCAUUAAAAAAGAAAAAAGAAAUUAAUUUUUUUUGUUCGGAAGUAACAUCAAAAACUUCUUAGGUGGGGUUCUUAGUCAAUGUAUUCAGGUUCUACAUAGAUCUCUCCUGGCUGUUCUCGACGUGCAUCGGUCUUUUGCUUUUCCUCGUAGAAAUCGGCGUAAUUUUCUAUGUCAAAUUUGACGCCGUCGGCUAUCCCGUCGCCGGCUACAUCACUACGGCGAUGCUCAGUUUGUGAUUUUUCUCUUGAUACAUUCAGAGUCGCAACUUUUUAGUACCCGUGGUUAUUGUGUUUGUCGUCUUCAGCUACUUGAUACACAAAAACCGCGUUUCACAUUCGCUGGGACGAUUCAAAGACAAGGCAAAUAUUUCUUUUUAAUAACACAUUUACGAGUUAUAUAAGGAGACAAGUCGAUUUCUUUGCAGGUCGACACCAUGAAGCAGUUUCUCGACGUUGAAGCAAAUUUGCCCAAACCUGCCAUGUCAGGAAAUAUUCGUGACAUUUGA